UUUGUCUUUUACGACAAAACACCAAAAGUAGGAUUCCACGCCAUAUUUGCAAUCACAUUUCUUUCACAACAGUUUGUUAGUGACGCGUAAAAACAGUUAAAGACACCCUUAUCCACUACAUUUUAUUCCAAAUCAUACACAAAACAACUAUACAAUGGCAGAAGCUGAUUGGAGUGAAGUAACUUACAUUGGUAAAAGACCACCAAAAGCUAGCCAACUUCGUUCAAAACAGGCUAUAAAUGCUGCUCAGAGAUCAGGUGGUGACGUAGAAACAACUAAAAAAUUCGAUGGAGGUGGAAACAAACAACACUCAACUAGUAAAAAUACAGCCAAACUUGACAGAGAGACUGAGGAACUGCACCAUGAUACAGUUAGUCUGGAUGUGUGCAAACUUAUUAUGCAGGGAAGACAGGCAAAGGGAUGGACCCAAAAAGAAUUGGCCACUAAAAUAAAUGAGAAACAACAAAUUAUAAAUGAAUAUGAAUCUGGAAAGGCAAUUCCAAACCAGCAAAUUAUGAAUAAACUCGAAAGACAACUGGGUAUGAAGCUUCGUGGACGAGACAAAGGCCAUGCUCUUGGAAAGAAGUGAUAACCCAUUGCUGAUGUGAUGAACUUUCGCAUAGAAAAUCUAAAACUGAUAUUUUUAUUGAUUUUUUUACAAAUUUUAAACAAACUUCCAUAAUUGCAUUGGAAUAUGGAUAUAUUGCUUAUGGUUAUAAGUAGCAGGUGGCAGCAUUGAAAACUAUAUAUAUAUAUAUAUAAAUCAAUUAUGUCUUUUGGCAAAAUAGAUUCGUGCACCAAAUUUUGUUCUGUAAAUUUUAAAGUUGUGCAUGGAGUUCUUGAUACCUGAUUUUUUUCCCCCCUAAAAUCCUUCAAAAUAAUAGUUAUUUUACAAUUUACAUAUCUUAUUAGUUUUAUUCUGAUGUGAAAUACUAUCAAUAAAUUAAAAAAUAUAUUACAUGUCAACCAGAAAUUAUUUGAUUUCAAAUUGAUGUUAUUAGAUUUUGAUAACUUUUCUACAAUUGGUGCAUACUUUUGACUGUGAACAAAUAUUGUAUUUAGAAUAUUGAAGAUUUUCUGAAAUAUAACUUAAAAUCAAUAACAGCUUGUUUGUUCUUUGCUAAAGUGUUCAAUAUUUAAAAUGGAGAAUUUAAUGUUUGUUCAUUUCAGUUUUGAGUUGGGAGCAUUUAUCAAUAAAAUAUGGUUCUCCAAGUUAUAA